AUGGAUCCCAAUGGCUACGGCUACCGGCCGGUGCCCACAGAGAUGGAUGGGGCGACACCCAGCCCGGGCGCCGCGCCCGGUUCGAAGGAGGCCUUUCAGAAUAAGCAGUGGGUCGCCGAGAAGGCCUUGCGGGUGAUGCGCCACGACUCCGCAGGCUUCGCGACGGUGGAUCAUUCCUCGGUCUACGGGGCCGCGCUCGCCCUGCCGCAGCUGGCGCGAAGCGCUGGUUGGACCAUCUCGUACACAGGCUUGGCCAUGAGAGGUUUGCUCUUUAUGGUCUUCAACAACCUGCUACAAGGCUUCUUGCUGUACAUGAUCAGCAAAGAAGAGCGGAUCAUCAAUAAGUUUGGAAGCCAGAUGUUUCUUUGCGACUUCGCGGCGCACAUGGAACGCUGUCCGGAGGGACCCAACUGCGUGGGCCCGGGCGGGACCAGCUUCACCCCGUCUCGCUUGUAUCCGUUCGAGCUCUGGACCACCAGGACCUUUGUGCGAGACUCUUUGGUAUCUCUCUUCCCCGAGAGAAAGGCGGACAUCCUGAAGGAUGUGGACCCUGGAGAGUAUGGAGUCGAGAGCUAUUGGCUCCGUUUAGUUUGCUGCUUUCUUUUCGUCCUGGGGCUCUGGCACGACUUAGCCGGAAGCUGGGACAUGCUCGACCUCUUAUGGUAUGUGCCCACGCAAUCAGAGCUGUGGAUCGUUCCUCUUGCUCCCAAAGAGGAGGAAGAGGCGGCGCAGCCCAUGCCGACGAUGCUCCUCUCGGACAUCGCGGCGCACGAGGCCAUCGAGAUGGACUUCGUGCAGUUCCGGGUAGCGGGGAUGCCUUUGCACUGGAAGCUCUUCAAUCUCAUGUGUCUCCUCUUCCCGAAGAUGUACCUCUGGCUUCUGACAGUUGACAUUGGAAUAGUCUUUCUGAUGGAGACCUCCGAGAUUGAAGACAUGAUCAUCAACUGCGUGGCCUUGGGUUUCAUCUUACAGAUUGAUGAGCUGAUGAUGGGCAUCAUGCCGCCGGAGUGCGGAAAGAUCCUCGAGUCCAUGAAGGGCUACGCAAAGGAGAACCGGCCGCCCAUCCAUGUGCCGGAGGACGAGGAAAUCAUCCAGCAUCAACAAGCCAGGUCUUGGCACAUUUGGACGCCAAACUUGUGGCUGGCUCUGGUUCCACGGCGCUUGGUGGCCAUGGUCGCAGUGGCCAGCUUCUUUGUGGCCAAGUACUAUGUGGAGCAUUGCGUCAUGGAAAGCGAUUGGAGUUUGGUCUCGAAGCCUCUGCGUUUACCACGGGAGAGCAACUUGCCGUGGAUCAGCUUCCUCUUCGGACCAAUCCCCAUCCUCUUCCCCAUCGACGCAGAGGAUGAACCCGUUUGGCAGAUGCCGGACUCCUCUUCACCGUGA